AUGGCCUCAUCGCUGGAAAAACGCGCCGUCGUGUCCUCCUUGAUCUUCCGCUUCCCACGCGGCCAAACAAACCCCGACGUCGCCCUGUUCAAGCGCAGCGACAAAGUCCGCACCUACCAACACCACCUCGCCCCGAUCUCCGGCAGCAUCGAACGCACCGACAAAGACCCCCUGGCCGCCGCAUGGCGCGAACUCCACGAAGAAACCACCCUAACCCCGGCCUCGCUCGCCCUCUGGCGCACCGGCAAACCCUUCAGCUUCAGCGACGCCUCGGUCAGCCGCGAAUGGACCGUGCACCCGUUCGCCUUCCGGCUGAAGACCGACGAUGCCGCGGCCGCCAUCCACACGGACUGGGAACACGAGUCGUGGGGGUGGUAUGAUCCGCAGCGGGUGAUUGACGAGAUCGGCGGUGCGCACGGGGUACCGCGGCUGACGGAGAGUCUGCGGCGCGUGUGGUUUGAGGGCGAGAUCGGCGAGCGCGCGGGACGGACGCUAGCGACGGGGCUGGAGAGGCUUCGGACGGACCAUGCGAGUGGCUCGCGCGAGUUGACGGCGAUUGCGAUUCGGGUUUUUGGGGAUUUCAUUGCGGAGUUGCGAGGGGAGGGGGAUGUGUUGGAUGAUGAAUGGUGGAGGCGGGUGCGGAUGGCGGCGUGGCAUCUCGUCAAGAAUGGUCGCGAGAGUAUGGGCGCCGCGACGCUGAGCGCUGUGCUUGGUGUUCUGUCGGAGAUGGAGAGCAUCUUGCAGAUGCAGACGGAGUCGGUGCAGGCGAAGUGGGAGCGCGUGCUGGCGGUGAUUGACUCCCAGCUGCAGAACCGGUCAUCCCGCGCGACACGGCUUCAGGAGUCGUUCGUCGAGUAUCUGCAGUCUACGUUUCUCGCGUCCGGUAAGAGGGAGAAGCUGACUGUGCUGACGACGUCGGCGAGCUCGACGAUCCGGGACAGUCUGUUGAACGCGUACGCUGCGCUGGAUCUCGAUACCCUGGAACUACGGGUUCUCGAGUCGCGACCGCUCUUCGAAGGAGCUACUCUAGCCGCGUCUGUCUUGUCGCAGUUCCAGUCUCGCUUCCAGUCGUCGCCAGACAAACACCUCCGUGUCAAGCUGUACACUGACGCAUCCGCGGCUGUGGCAUCCCAGGACGUGGAUAUCGUGCUCCUGGGAGCGGACCAGAUUUCCGCUACCAAGGGCGUCAGCAACAAGACAGGGUCGCUUCCACUGGCGCUCAGCGCGAAGCAUAUCUCGCCAGGUGUCAAGAUUGUUGUGUUGAGCGAGGUGGAAAAGAUCAAUGGCACCGGGGGUGUGGUCCGCGACGACCACGCCGAGGACAACGAUCCCAUGGAGAUUGUCGGCACUUGGAAGCACGACGCGAUCAAGGGGGUAGAUGCGCUGAAAGAUAUAAGCGAGAGAGCUACUGUCGAGGUGCAGAAUAUCUAUUUUGAGUGGGUGCCGCUGGACAUGGUGGACGCCUUUGUCUGCGAAGAGGGCGUGCUGUCGGUGGAUAAUAUCCGACAGAAAUCGGAGAAGCUGGGUGAAUUGAGCCAGAGGUACUUUGGGGAUUUAUAA